AUGCCGAAUUCUCCAAAGAAUGAUCAGCCGUGUGUUUCCUGGAAACUAUCUCCACUGAAAAGCAAAUCAUUAUCUGAUGAGCAAAUCUCACAGUUAUUUACUAAGUCUUCAGGAAAUUCAAAUCCAAUAAUUAAUGAUCCAGUAGUCAAUCUUUGGGACCGAUUGCAGCAAAACCAAGUUGUAUAUCGAUCAGUGUCUAUGCCGUCAAGUACAACAAGUCAUAAGUCUGUCAGUAGAGAUAAUUCAAAGAAUACCUUAAAGCGUUCAAGGACUUUGGAUUUGAAUACGGACGAAAAUCCAGAACCAAAAAAUAAACUAUCCCGUGUAUCUAACUUGGUGAGCUUGCUACGAGCUACGAUGGAUAGAAGAGAAAAACAAAGGAAGAAAAGCAUUGAAGACAAUCAUAGCUAUCUCGACACAAAUAAACCAAUUUCUAACGAUGAUGAGCCUUCGGAUGUUGAGCAAGAAGCAAGCAGUUCUCAAGGUUCAGGUACAGAGGUUACUCAGACACAACAGAGCCUAGAUGAGGAGGGACCAGAGGAUUCUGCUAAUAAUUGCAUAUUGAAUGAUGAAGAUGAAGACGAUGGAGAUGAAUUUUUUGUUGAUGAUGAAGAUUUACGAAAGUUACAGGACAUUGAGAAUAAAUGGGUAACCUCACAGCAUACGCCAAACAUGCAGGAUAAAAUGCAAGCGCAGGAUAAUCUUUUAGGUCCCGGUUAA